AAAGAGGCGGCGGGCGCGGCGGGGGAGCGCGCACCCAGCUGGGCUCCGGGGCGGGCGGCGCUGAGCGAGCCAGGCAGGCCCCAUGGCCGCCAGCCGGGCGCCCAACGGCCGCGCCGCGCACCCCAGCGCCGGGCUCAAGCGGGCGCGCAGCGAGCCGGGCGGCAGCCGAGUGACCGUGGUGCUGGGGGCGCAGUGGGGGGACGAAGGCAAAGGGAAGGUGGUUGACCUGCUGGCCACCGAGGCGGAUAUCGUCUGCAGGUGCCAGGGUGGGAAUAAUGCAGGCCACACUGUCGUUGUUGAUGGGAAGGAAUAUGAUUUUCACCUCUUUCCUAGUGGCAUAAUUAAUCCAAAGGCAAUUUCUUUCAUUGGUAAUGGGGUGGUUAUACAUUUACCAGGCUUGUUUGAAGAAGCUGAAAAAAAUGAAACGAAAGGUUUAAAGGAUUGGGAGAAAAGACUCAUCAUAUCAGAUAGAGCACACAUUGUGUUUGACUUUCACCAGGCAGUUGAUGGACUUCAAGAAGUACAGCGUCAAGCACAAGAGGGAAAAAAUAUUGGUACAACAAAAAAAGGAAUUGGACCAACCUAUUCUUCCAAAGCUGCACGAACAGGCCUUCGUAUUUGUGACCUCCUUUCAGACUUUGAUGAAUUUUCUUCAAGGUUCAAGAAUCUGGCACAUCAAUACAAGUCAAUGUUUCCCACUUUGGAAAUAGACACAGAAGGGCAACUGAAAAAACUAAAGGGAUAUGCUGAAAAAAUAAGACCAAUGGUCCGAGAUGGUGUUUAUUUUAUGUAUGAAGCUCUUCACGGCUCCCCAAAGAAAAUUCUUAUUGAAGGUGCCAAUGCAGCACUACUUGACAUUGACUUUGGCACGUACCCAUUUGUGACAUCAUCAAACUGUACUGUGGGUGGUGUAUGCACUGGACUUGGUGUUCCUCCUCAGAACAUUGGUGAAGUAUAUGGUGUGGUGAAGGCAUACACUACUAGAGUGGGAAUUGGAGCCUUUCCCACUGAGCAGAUAAACGAAAUUGGAGACCUCUUGCAGUCCCGAGGCCAUGAAUGGGGAGUAACCACAGGCAGGAAAAGGCGCUGUGGCUGGUUAGACCUUGUCAUUUUGAGAUACGCUCACAUGAUCAAUGGAUUCACUGCUCUGGCAUUAACAAAACUGGAUAUUCUGGAUGUCCUUGAUGAGAUUAAAAUCGGUGUUGCUUAUAAACUGUCUGGAAAAAGAAUUCCAUAUUUUCCAGCUAAUCAGGAGAUAUUGCAGAAGGUGGAAGUAGAGUAUGAAACAAUGCCUGGGUGGAAGACUGACACGACUGGGGCGAGGAAAUGGGAGGAUCUCCCACCCAAGGCACAGAAUUAUAUUCGAUGUGUGGAAAACCAUGUUGGAGUGCCAGUAAAAUGGGUUGGAGUUGGAAAAUCAAGAGAAUCAGUGAUCCAGCUAUUUUAAACAAAGAACUUCAGUGAUGAGAAGCACAAUUUAAUGUUCAUCCUUUCCUUACUACUCCCAAGUUAAAAUGGAGCUGCUGUUUAAAACCAAAAUGUUCUUCUAGGAAAUUAUUAGAAAGAAAUAUAUAUUGUAUACUUUACUAUUUUCAUUUACCAGUAAAUGCAAAUUGUCAGUGAUAAAAAUCUGCUUGAUAGCUACCAUCUUUUUCUCCGACACAUAUAUGCAAAAGCAUAAAGAAUUCAGUAACUGAAUAAGAACUGGAAUGAAAAAACAAGUAGUUUUCUUCCUUUUUCUCUGACUUGAGCCAUGUUGCUAUUCAGAAGUGUUUUACGUCCAUAUGGAGUUAUUUCUUCGGGCUGAUGACAAUACUGAACAUUUUCCCGUAGUUACUGAACGACUGGAAAAGCUGAAGUUAUUCUUCAAAGGGAAAAGUUAUAAUUCCUGUUUCUAUGGGUUGGCAGCAAUAAGACAUAUAUAUUGCAUUUAAAAUUGUCCUGGUUAUGUAGCUCUUCAGUCCCUAAAACACAGUAAAAUUAGGUAGGCAUUUCUGAUUACAUAAAGCAAGGCAAAUGCGAUUAGCUUGAAGCCUGAGAUUUUUUUUUACAACCUACUAAAAUAAAUGGGAGAGAAGCUACAGUGAUUGUAUAACAAAGUGAUGCAAGCCAGUAACUGAGGUAACUUCUGCGGAUGAGCCAGACUGGAGAUAGCUGAGCUGCCUAUGUAUUUCCUUCAAAUCUCCUGUUUACCAACAGGCACCCCACAUGGAGGCUGGCAGAGCAGUUUUCCUCCCCUCUUGUGCAAAAUAAAGGAAAUCAGAGGAGUGGUGAAGGGUAUAAAGGGCCGCAAAGCUACAGAAAUGGUGUGUGGGGGAGGGAGGAAUUAGAGCCAAUGCAGCAUGAUGCAUCUUCUCCCUGAAUCUGAGAUGUGUCUCCAUGCAAACACUACUUCUGGAGCAAUCUGGAUUUUGUUGGGCAUAGGUGGUGAGGCACUGGAAAGUACCAGCUGUAUGUUGACAUGCUGUCCUCCAAAUCUGGUGCAUUUUCAAGGAUAAAUCUAUGCAUGAUUUAAUGCUGCUAGUUGCAGCCUUAACUCCCUUUCCCAGCUUUUGACCCCAUGCACCAAACUGUAGGGGAUGAUACCUAGUGCUAAAGGAGGGAGCGUAUGACAGCACAGCUCCUGAUAGGGCUGAGCUGUUUGGGAUAGUGAGGUGCAGCACAGAGGUUCCAAGGUUUCCAGGGAUGGAUCUGGAAUUCCUCAUGGAUCCUCUGGUUCUGCAUGGUUAGAAGGACAUGCUCUCUGCCCCCUCUGCAUGGCCCAAGCCCCUCUUUUAGAGAGGAGAAUGCUGCGGAAACUGAGUUAUUCCAAAAGUUAUGGAAUUUUCAGAGCACAUGGACGUUUCUGUGAGUUUUUCCCCAGGUGGGGAGAAUAUAGCCCAGUAUUUUUAUGACAUUCCCAGAUGCCUUGGCACACAUCUAGGAAUGGCAUCACCGGCUCUGCUGGUUCCCAGUGCAUUAAUGCCAUGAUUUCCUUUGUGGAAAAAAACCCUUUUUGGGACAGUACUUCCAUGAGCGAUGGCAUCCAAAAUGGUGGUACCCUUGGGUACAGAAUGGGGAAAAAUAAGACCUGUCCAUUGACCUGCAAACACUUCCAGAUCCAGUUACCUCAUGUGCACUCCCCCAUGUUGUCCCAUCUCUAACAAUUAUCUAGAUAUCUUUUAACAUUUAAGACCUGUUGUAUUUUUUAAAGUAAACAUAACAUAUGAGCAGCCAUGGCUUCUAUAAUCACAAGGUAGUAAAGAAGUUUAUAUUACCGUACAAAGAUGCAUUGAGGCUUGUAGUACAGUCCCUCUGCACCCUCCGCUGGUAGCAGUGCAGUCUCUUCACACACCCCUCGAGCACAGCCUGAGGCUUUGUGGAUAGGUGCUAGGUUUGUAAAAAUUGUGUAGGGGGCCAGGAGUUAGAGCUUGAGGGUGAAACAUUCAGUAGGGGUAUAAGGAGCAGAACCCCCUAUACUUGGUAAGGCAUGGCAGAGGGGCAGCUGGGCCAAAUUUGAGUGUCAUUGUGACCCUCUGCACCAGAUCUCAGUGCCACUCAAAUUUGGUCCAGUCAGGCAGGUAACCACAGCUGGGGAUGGGCCCGCUUUCCCCAUGAGUCCUUGUAAUCUGGCUCUUAUGGCUUUAUGCCAUCGUCUAGUCCUUUAUGUUUAGUGAUUUAAGCACAAGAACUCCUGAGUCCUAAACCUGACUUAUUCUGUAGCCUAGGGCAAGUUAUUUAACCUGUGUGCCUCAGUUUUGCCAUCUGUAAAAUGGCAGAUAAUAAUACUUACUUACCUACCUCAUAUAGGUUUUGUGAGGAUUAAUUAAUAUGGGCCAAAUCCUGUAGUACUUACCCUUCUCUUUUAUUAGGCAAAACCCCCAUUGAUAGUCAAUGGGAGUUCUGCCAGUGUAAGGACUGUAGGAUUUAGACCUUAUGUAAUGUUUAUAAAGCACUUUUGAAAGGUGCUCUGUAAGUGCUAAGUAUUAUUAUUAUUAUUAUUAGCACUGUAAAAUGUAGCUCAUUUUAUGAGGUAUCUUAAGCACAAGCACUCUUGGCAAUGCACUACUAAUCAAGUUUCAUUUCCAAUGGGCUCAGUCUCAUGUCAGUCAUCAAUUAGAUGGUUCAGAUUGAUUCCUUCCCUCAGCCCACUCUCCUCAGCACAUUUUCAUUAGCACAAAGCCAUUUUAUUUGGGCUUUGUUCAGUUUUAUAGGAUUAGGUCUGAAGUGAGUAACAAUUACUCACAAUGUAUCAACAGCCAUCGGAUUAAGUGAUCAACCCUAAAUAAAUUAUUUUGGUACAUUAAAAAUGAAGUUAUUACAAAUUAAUUGUCACGGGAUCAAUGUCUCUUGCUUGACCUUGAUCUUUAUUUUCCAUGAAGUGCCUUUCCAUUUUGCCUUUGCUUUAGGGCCUCAUCCCAGCCCACUGAGACCCUUGAUUUGCACCACAUCAGGAGACCAUUAUCCUGUGACACUGUUAUGUUCCUUGCGUUUAAUUUAAUUGCGUAGGUUUUUUUAAAUUAGAUUUCUUCCCCUCCUGAAUUCUGGGAAUUUUGCCACUGUGUUCAGUGUGAACAGGUUCAGGCCUUUAUUUUUAGAAGUUCUUUACAGGCUAUGUGAUGACACAAACUUUUAAAAGGAACACGUUCGAUGUAAACCAUACGUUCAUCUUGACUGUUUCCUGUGGCAGACUAGUUUAGAUUGGAACCUUUGCUUGGAAUUUCAUUGUAAUAAUAACCACUGUGGCUAAUUUAAUUUUUCUUUGUACACAAGUUGAAUGUAAUUAUUAUUGAAAUUUGUUCAUGUAUCAUAUUGUUAGAUGUACUGAUGGAAGAAUAAGGGAAAUAUCUACUAAUAUGGUAUAUUAUAUUGUGAUGGAUUACAGUAAAAAAAAAUUACUAAACCAUUCAGGUAAAA